CAAUAAUAGAGAAUGUAUAUGUAUUGUAAUGGUCUCAGGGGCAGCCUUUAUCUCUACGAUAUCUGUUUUGCAUCUAAUUGAGGAUUAUCAUUUGUUUGCCACAAAAAAAGUACUGCGAUUUUGGCAGAUACAAAAGUUACCACAUUCCAGACAACUCGUUGCAAAUAGGCAUGCGUUUGUGCAUUUGGCUAUCUGCCAUACUGGUCGGUUCUGGGUGCAAUGCUGCGCUUCAACUUCACAAACUCACAAUAGACAUGGCACCUGGUUUCUUAAGACCAGACGGCCAGGGCGUAUCGCAUAAUCCGCAUGGCAUACGCGCUCGCAAGAUGGGAGACCCGCCUGUAUUCACUGCAACCCUGCGGCCAUUGAUGCGCCCGACACCGAUUUGACAAGCUUUAUGUGUUGGCAUGCCCAGGUAAACAAUUUCUUUUUAAUUCGCGCAUCUGGAAAACCAACGGAGAUAGCCGUCCAUUAAAGCCGUUUGUAGCAUACACAGGACAUACAUCUGCACAUUUUUCAUUUCUUAUGAUUCAAUAUCCAAUUUUGACAUUGUUUUCAUGUAUUUUCUUUUUACAGACCCGUAAACAAGUUGACA